GAAAGGGGGAUUUUUGCUGUAUCUUUGGCUCAGGGGACAGCCUUGAAGCUGCAAUAGUGUGCAGUUGCAGCCCGCAAUUCGGGGUGUUCCUGCAUGUGGCCACCCUUGAGCAUCCCAUUGGUUCCUUCAUGAACCCCCAUGAGCAUCCAAUUGGUUCCUGGAUGUCUUCAUGCUUUUGAAUGUGGAGUCAAAAGGAAAGUACAAGUAUUAUAGGCCUCAGGGUGUGUUUGCCACCGCUGUGUGAGCAAACAAUGACAGAGGACAGGCUGAAGGCGGACCCCUCCAAGCGGGAGGGGCUGGACUCAGUAGAGGGAGACACAGAGCCCAGCCUGCUGCUGCAGAAACUAAAGAGCAACAUCUCUAAGAAUGUACAGGGCAAAGUGGACGUUAUCCUGCAAGAUGUGCAGCGCUUCUCUGACAACGACAAACUCUACCUUUACCUCCAGCUGCCUUCUGGUCCCAGUUCAGGGGAGAAAAGUCUGGCAAUGGCCCCGCUGGCACAACUUAGGCGGUGGUGUAUUUCUGCAUCGAUGUCAGCUUUGGAGGAGAGAACACUGCCAAGCAGCAGCAGUGACCCCAGUUCCUUCAACACAGCUGACCAGCUGCACACCUGCAACUGGAUCCGCAGCCACCUGGAGGAGCACGCAGACACUUGCCUGCCCAAGCAAGACGUCUACGAGACAUACAAGAGAUACUGUGAAAACCUGCAGCACAGGCCUCUGAGUGCUGCAAACUUUGGGAAGAUCAUCCGUGACAUCUUCCCCAACAUCAAAGCCCGGAGGCUCGGUGGCAGGGGACAGUCCAAGUAUUGUUAUAGUGGAAUCCGCAGGAAGACGGUGCUAAACAUGCCACUGUUGCCAAACCUGGACCUGAAAAACGACCCAUCGGAGCUGACGGAGCUGGUGCAGACCUACAAGCAAGAGGUGACGGAGGCGGCUUGUGAGCUCAUCUGUGAUUGGGCCCAGAAGAUCCUCAAGCGUUCCUUUGACACAGUGGUCGAGAUCGCUCGUUUUCUUGUGCAGGAGCACAUCGUCAAUCCGCGCUGCAGCCAGGCUGAACUUGUCACUUCUGCCGCUAUGGCAGGAGGUCCUGCAAAGCCCCACAAGGUGAUCAAGAAGAACCCAGUACCAUCCAAAGGAGGUGGGCCAGAGACGGAGGGGGGCGGCUCUGAAGCUAAGGUAAGGGAUAAAGACGUUGGGGAUCAGUCGUUGCCAGGGAAACUGCAGUGCAGUGACAAGCCUAUGAAAGGGGCGGAGUCGGUACGCCCGGGGGGUCGCGAAUUGCAGGUGGAGGCUCUGAUGAAACACUUGCCCCGAAUCCUGCCUCGCAGCUCUGUCCCGGAAAAGUCCCAGCUUUCGGUGCGCUCCUCGCCUCCCUCGCUGGCGCCCAAAGACGCAGGCGGCAUGAAAGUCAUCACAAUGACUGCCCUGCCCCAGCAGCAAGGGGGCGCUCUCCCCGUCAUGAUUCUCCCCCAGAGCGUCAGCCUCUCCUACCCCGACAGGGAAAAAGCCCCGUCAAUCACUAUGGCGCCCGUGGCACCAACAUCGGUGGUGCAGAGGGCUCGCGCAGUGGGCAAACGGGCCCCCGAGGCAGCAAGUGGGGGCCCCGGGCCGGGAGGCAUGCCGGCCAAACGGAAACGAGGACGACCCAGGAAGCCACGGCCAGAGGACACCACCCCCCCGCAGCCGCAGCCGCCCCCUCCACCCUUACCCUCGGUCAACCAAGCCCCUAUUAUGAAUUCCCUCACCGGAGGGGUGAUCCAGAAAGCCUGCUCUUCCUCCUCCUCCCAGGUGGUGGAGGUCGUAUUCCAGGACCAGCAGGCCUUGGUACUAGGUCAGCUGCAUUCGGUAGCGGACACAGGUGACCCAGAGCACCGGGGUGUGGUGCUCGAGACUGACCCACGGCCCGUGCUGCUGCUGUCAGGGGCCAGUCACACAAACUGGGACAUGGGCAGGGCCAUGGUAGAGGUCAUCCAGAGGGCCCCGAGACCACCCACCAUCAUCACCAAGAACAACAACAACUCCCAGUCUACCCCCCAGCACCGCCUGCCCUUGCCCACUGUGCUGGAGGAUCGAGGGGAGGUGGAGAUCACCCUCACCCCCGUGGAGCCUUCGGACGAUCUGCCGACCCCCACUGGCCAGGCUAGCUCGACCCCCACUGCCCAGGCUAGCUCGGAGGGUGGCCCCACACCCGAUGACAGUUCUAAAGAACCUAGCCCUGGCCUUCCUUGUCCCAGAGACUAAGGAGCACUAAGGGACUUUAUACUACCCUUAGGGGGAGGAUAACCACCCCCAAUCAUCUUCUCCCAGGUAGCGUCUUCUCCCCGAUUGGUGGAAAUCCAAGAUUGGUAGCACAGAGAGCCAAGAAGGAUCGAUGAAGCCUAAACACUAUUAAUACCCGUUGACCUUCCAUUUAUAACUCUUUGCUGUGACUCUAACUGCACGUUUGUCUUUGUAAUUGUGAGCAGAGAGAGCGAUAAAGGCGGUUCCAUAGUUCUUAUGACGAGGGGGGGGGGGUAUUUACGGGUUUGGACCUUUUAAGGUAUUAAGUGCUACUCUCCCUGAGAGGAACUCCCCUCAGUGUUUAUUUUCUUUUAAUAAUAUACAGUUGAAAUCGGAAGUUUACAUACACCUUAGCCAAAUACAUUUAAACUCAGUUUUUCAUAAUUCCUGGCAUGUAAUCCUAGUAAAACUUCCCUGUCUUUGGUCAAUUAGGAUCACCACUUUAUUUUAAGAAUGUGAAAUGUCAGAAUAACAUUUGAUUUAUUUCAGCUUUUAUUUCACAUUCCCAGUGAGUCAGAAGUUUACAUACACUCAAUUAGUAUUUGGUAGCAUUGCCUUUAAAUUGUUUAACUUGGUUCAAACGUUUCGGGUAGCCUUCCACAAGCUUCCCACAAUAAGUUGGGUGAAUUUUGGCCCAUUCCUCUUGACAGAGCUGGUGUAACUGAGUCAGGUUUGUAGGCCUCCUUGUUCGCACACGCUUUUUCAGUUCUGCCCACACAUUUUCUAUAGGAUUGAGAUCAGAGCUUUGUGAUGGCCACUCCAAUACCUUGACUUUGUUGUCCUUAAGCCAUUUUGUGCCACCCCUGUGCUUCGCAGUUGGGAUGGUGUUCUUCGGCUUGCAAGCUUCCCCCUUUUUCCUCCAAACAUAACGAUGACUCAUUAUAGCCAAACAGUUCUAUUUUUCUUUCAUCAGACCAGAGGACAUUUCUCCAAAAACCGUUGUCUGGCUUUUUAAUGGCGGCUUUGGAGCAGUGGCUUCUUCCUUGCUGAGUGGCCUUUCAGGUUAUGUCGAUAUAGGACUUGCUUUACUGUGGAUAUAGAUACUUUUGCACUAGUUUCCUCCAGCAUCUUCACAAAGUUGUUUGCUGCUGUUCUGGGAUUGAUUUGCACUUUUCGCACCAAAGUGCGUUCAUCUCUAGGAGACAGAACGUGUCUACUUCCUGAGAGGUAUGACGGAUGCAUGGUCCCAUGGUGUUUAUACUUGCGUACUAUUGUUUAUACAGAUGAACGUGGUACCUUCAGGCGUUUGGAAAUUGCUCCUAAGGAUGAACCAGACUUGUGUCGGUCUACAAUUUUUUUCUGAGGUCUUGGCUGAUUUAUAAGCGAAAUAAUCUGUCCGUAAACAAUUGUUGGAAACAUUACUUGUGUCAUGCACAAAGUAGAUGUCCUAACCGACUUGCCGUAACUAUAGUUUGUUAACAAGAAAUUUGUGGAGUGGUUGAAAAACAAGUUUUAAUGACUCCAACCUAAGUGUAUGUAAACUUCCGACUGUAUAUCUUUGGUUGUGUUAUGUUAAUGUUUGUAGUUGUGCUUUCAAAUAGACUUCCAGAGUAAAGGAGAAUGCAUGACUCGCUGCUGGUGGAGCUGCAUUUAAAUGAUGCCCCCCUCAAGCAUCAGAACUGGGUCUGCCACAGUGUUGUAAAAAAUUGUGUGACAAGAUUGUGAGUUUGCCCCCUCCCCCUUCUCCAAAUCCAUUAAAUUGGAGUGUGACAACGCGAGCACUUACCAGGUCGUCAUGCCAAUAUUACAGCACUUCCUGUUAGAGAUUUAGCAUAGAUUACAAAACGUAGACACCAUAUAGGCUAGACUAUGACAAACAGUCAUUAAAUAUGCCUAUUUUGAACUUCCAUCACCUCGGGCGAAAGCGUCAAAGCACAAACCUGCGAGCCUAGUGUAAAACCUUGAGCGCGGCAAAGAGACAUAUUGAAAUAUUAGCGCAGAUUUAGCAUAUGAUUUAGCCUGAUGCUAAGCUAAUGCAGGUUACCAAGCCCUUUUUUUAUAAGUUAUGGAUGUUGUACCUUAGUCCUAGAGUGUAUAAAUAUUAUAUAAUUUUCACAUUUUCAAACUGUCUGGCAGAGACAACUAUUUUUAGACACCCUUUGCCAAACUUUCAGCCUCUGGCUUUGCCUAGGGGUGCAUACAUCUUUGGUGCUGAACUGAGGCAUAUUGCAAUACAUAGCAGUACAUGAUAAUGUAAGAUAUUGAUACCCUUCAAUCCAAACCCAGCAUAUCAUCCAAAGUAUCAUCAACCUUAAAUAGGCUGGUUUUGUGUUUUUUAUACCUUCCGUCCUUUGACAAUGGGAGAUUCAAUUUGUAAUCCCCAGCCUCAGCCCUUUUGGAAUUAAAUUGAAGCAGACAACAAGAAUAUUUGCACUGAUAUGAAGAAAUCAAAAAGGGAAGAGCCUGUUGGUUAGAACAUAUAAUAGUAGUGAUUACUAGGAAUUAAAACAAUGAUUAAAAACCUGCUAUAUGCUUGAGGUAGUUUUAGAUGAGGCUAUGUUAGCUUUAUUUUUCAUUAGAGUUGAUGGUCAAAUUUGACUGAAUUGAGAAUGAGCACUACGGAAUUAGACUUUAUUAUUAGCCUAUGCCAUGUUAUUGUCCUUCUGUAAACUAUGGGCUUAUGAAGAGAGAAACUUUAUGUAAAUUCAUGAUGCAUUCAUUUGGUACUGUAUUGGUGAGGACACAAGUUUGUCUACACACUACACUAUUUCCUGUGAAAACAGGGAUUCCCUAUGUCUGUCUUAAUAGAUUUUCUCCCCAACCAGUAUGAAGUACAAGGGUGACCAACCAUAUACAUACAUGUGGCCAACCUUCUUGCUGGCAGGCUUUUGUCCCAGCCCUGUUCUUACACACCUGAUUCUAUUCUUCUAAUCAGCUACUCAUGAUUAGGUAAAUCAGUUGUGUUUAGAGCAGAGCUGGAAUGAAAUCCUGCAGUGCAUACCUUGUAGCUGUGAGGAGGGUUGGCCACCCCUGAUCUAGUAUAUUCUAUUGGUCUGUUAAUUGUGUAAUUACAUGUGCAUAGUUAUAGUAACUCAACUUAUCCUCGUUGAUGACAUUGGAGUAUGUGCUAGCAAUGAUCUCAGAGUUGUAUUAGUCAAUUGACAGAUCAAGUUAAUAUCAGUAAGAGGUGGGUUUUACUUUGAAUGAAAACUACUGAUAAACUGGACGCCCAGGGGACACAAACGGGUAACCCCUUCCCUAAGUAAGUGCAGGUCCUUUAGUGUGCAGUUAAAUGAGUGUUGCAGUAAGUGAAUGAGUGAGUGGGAGAACUUUUUCACUGUGGAGCCACGGUGCUCAAAAGAAACGGGUUAGAGAAUCAAAGAUAAGGAUCGGGAUCCGGGUAGCGGAGCCUUGACCAUAACUGGCGGUCAAACCACAUCAUGACUGACCACGGUCAAGCUCUGUAGAUGCUCUGUUGAUGGUGGUAACUCUCUGUAAACCAGCCCGGCUAGCUAUGUAGUGGUUAAGUAGCUUCAUAGCUUUGCUUUGCGGUUUGUUUGAGUCAUGCAAAUAAGAAGAUUACAAAUGAGUCAUUUUGCUAUUGUUGUUUUAUCAAAUCUAUAAAAAUACGAUUUAUCAUAUGUGCUUUUGUUGAUAUGAGUCAUUCAAGUUUCAUUCAUUGUACAGGUCAUUUGAAGUCCAGUUUUAACAUGAAUGUCUUUGAAUUUCAAAGGCACUUCCAGUUUUAAAAAAAUCUGUCCAUGCAUGGUUUUAUGUGACAGUAAUUAUAUUAUUCUAAGAUUCAAUAAAAAAAUCUGUUACUCUCCUAGAUUAUAAAGCAUACGUCAAACCAUAAAAUGUAUUGACUAAGGGUUUAAAAAUGAGAUGUGUUAAGUUAUCUGUUUUAGUUUAACAUUUAUAUUCCCCCAGGUUGUGUUUUGCACUUUAUUUAUACCUGAAGAUUAAAUCAUUUACAAUUUGGUGUGCACAUAAAAAACAGAAUCCUGAUUUGAUCAUUAAGAAUUGCACCUUACAUGUUAGUGAUUUUAUACAUGCAACUCCGAAUGCCCUUGUUUGAAAUUGUUUGAAUAGUUUUUUUUCUAAAUCAUUGUCUCAGAGUUGUAUCAUUUACACCUAUGCUUCCUUUAAAAAAAACAGAGCUAAACAAAAUGAUGCCAACAACAACUAAUGUGAAUAUAUUUUCCUAUGCUGACUGUAAUAAAUGUUGUUAAAGGGUAAUUGGAGA